CGAACGAACCGAGGCUGCCGAGAGCUGGGUGGCUCCUUGGGCGGUAUCCGGAGAGCAGCGGGUCCGAGGUACCCGGGGUUCACGUCACACUUCAGGAGGUGUCUGAGCUACUGAGCAGGCGAGGAGUGGCGGCCAGCAAGACCCGCGGGCCAGGACCAUGGGCUGCUUCUUCUCCAAGAGGCGGAAGGCUGAGAAGGAGUCGCGGCCCCAGGGCGAGGAGGAGGGACCGAAACAGUACAGCUGGGACCAGCGCGAGAAGGUUGAUCCAAAAGACUACAUGUUUAGUGGACUGAAGGAUGAAACCAUAGGUCGCUUACCUGGGAAAGUGGCAGGACAACAGUUUGUCAUUCAAGACUGUGAGAACUGUAACAUCUAUAUUUUUGAUCACUCUGCUACAAUUACUAUUGAUGACUGUACUAACUGCAUAUUUUUUCUGGGACCCGUGAAAGGCAGUGUGUUUUUCCGCAAUUGCAGAGAUUGCAAGUGCACAUUAGCCUGCCAGCAGUUUCGUGUACGGGAUUGUAGAAAACUGGAAGUCUUUUUGUGCUGUGCCACUCAACCCAUCAUCGAGUCUUCCACAAGUAUCAAGUUUGGCUGCUUUCAAUGGUACUACCCUGAAUUAGCUUUCCAGUUCAAAGAUGCAGGGCUAAGUAUCUUCAAUAAUGCAUGGAGUAACAUUCAUGACUUUACACCCGUGUCAGGAGAAUUCAACUGGAGCCUUCUUCCAGAAGAUGCUGUCAUUCAGGACUAUGUUCCUGUACCUACUACUGAGGAGCUCAAAGCUGUUCGAGUUUCCACGGAAGCCAAUAGAAGUAUCAUUCCAGUAUCCCGGGGUCAGAGACAGAAGAACAGUGAUGAAUCAUGCUUAGUGGUAUUAUUUGCUGGUGAUUAUACUAUUGCAAAUGCCAGGAAACUAAUUGAUGAGAUGGUUGGUAAAGGCUUUUUCCUAGUUCAGACAAAGGAAGUGUCAAUGAAAGCUGAGGAUGCUCAAAGAGUUUUCCAGGAAAAAGCAGCUGACUUCCUUCCUCUUUUAAAUAAAGGUCCUGUUAUUGCCUUGGAGUUUAAUGGAGAUGGUGCUGUAGAAGGAUGUCAUCUCAUUAUAAAUGAGAUAUUCAGUGGGACCAAGAUGUUUGUAUCAGAAAGCAAGGAGACAGCAGCUGGAGAUGUAGACAGCUUCUACAACUUUGCUGAUAUACAGAUGGGAGUGUGAAGUGUAAUCUGGAACCAAGGACUUGGUAUUAAGCCCUUUUCAACUUGUGUAUGUAGAGUUUGAUAGUAUACUUUUUUGUAUUAGCAGUGAUUUUUACUAUGCUAAAAUUUUUAAAGUUUAUUUUUUAAUAAAUUGCUGAAUACUGCAUUAUUUACUUGAGGUUCAAAAACAGUUCAUUUUAAAUUAAGCAGUUUCAAUCGGUUUAAAAAUAUUUAACCCACUUCUCCAAUAAGCUUGCAGUUUUAUUUCUCUGCAUAUGAUACUCCUGUUAGGAAAUAGAAGUGGCUAAUAGUUCGUGAUUUUAAUUCUAAUUAAAUGUUCUUUCAAAUCUCUAAUAAUUUAAACUUUCUUCAAUGCCCCAUGCUAUUUGUUUGUGAAUACAUUCCAUUACUUUUUUAUCUUUUUUUAAUUUAGAGGGAUUUGUUACUAUUUGAUCAAUUAGAAUAAACCUAUACACAUUGUUUUCAUGUAUGCAUAUUCAGUUAAAUAAUUGCUUCCUAGUUGCAUGAUGACAAAUAAAAUUUUGUACAUGGAGUUGACAUACUUUGUAAAUUGAUUUUUAAAAAGAUAGGUGUUUGAUAACCAGCUUUGCAAGAACUCUACUAAUGUUGGUAUAGCUGUUUAAAAACUACCUUGUCAGUAGUAUGAUUAUUUUAAUAAAUCCCACACCGUUUAGUUUUUUAACACAACUUUUGGAUGAUUCUUCUGCUUCAUGGUAAGAAAAGGUACAUAUGCAACACUAAAACUAUAGAAGCCCUAUCAUCUUAAAAAGAUGAUUACUGUUUUAUUCUCUGGAGGGCUUUCAAGAAAAUUAUAAGAAAACCUUGUGACAUUCAGGUAAGAAAUGCUUAGGCACAGUGAUAACCUAUGCAGAUUAUUAAAAAGCUAAAUAAAUUUGAUUUUCAUUAGAUAUGCCACACAUUCAAAUAAUAUGGAAGUACAGUAAAAUUAUUCUGGUUGCUUUGAAGCAUUAUUUCCCAAACCUACCAGACCUUAAUAAUUUACUGGGAGCAGGGGAGAGCUACUUAUUAAAAAUACACAUUCUUGGGCCCAAUCUCCAGAUGCGUGAAGUCUGUCUCCAGGGGACACACUGUUUUAAGGAGUAUGUUGUAAUCUAACGUAAUCGGUCAAGAGAGUGUUGAUAGGUGAUCUUGUGAGAAGGAACUGAACCUGCCAUCCACAUUACAUAUAGCAGCUAAUAGGAAAUCAGCUUUCAUAGGCGUAUUUUUAAAAGGAACCUUAAAUUUAAUUCUAUUUUGGUAAAACAAAGACUGAAAAUAGCCACUUGUAAAAAUUCCUCUUAUGUUUGUUACUAAAAAUGUAUUUUCAUGUUUAAAUUAAAAUGUUUUUGGAUAUUUUCAGAUUAAUUCAUAACUCCUACAUUGAAUUGUAUGCUGAUGUUCAGAAAUAAUACAUUAAAAGACUUUUCACUUUAAAUUAGUAAGUAAUAUUGAGCACUCACCAUGUGCUUGGCUCUGUGCUAACCAUUAGCAUUGCAUCAUUUCAAUUCUUUUAUAAAAGCAUUCUAUAUUACAAAAUCAGUGUCUCCUUAGAUCAAAUUGUUUCAUAAGGUGCAAAUAAAAAUUGGUGAAAGGUUUAAUAUAAUUUUGAUCAUAAUUUACAAAUGAGCUUUGCAAAUAAUGGUCAGAGGGCAUUAAUUUUCCCUUAGAUAAGCUGUUGUUGUUAGUUGCCACUGAGUUGAUUCCGACUCAUUGUGACCGCAUUAAACAUACUCUCUCUCAUUAUGAUUACAUUAUGAAACACCAUUAUUCACAUACAAAAUGAUCACAAUACUUUUUUGUAUUGCAAAAAUACGUUAUGUAAAGCUGAAACUUGAGUUCUUUAUUAUAUCUAUGGCAUCUUAGCAAAAACUCAGGAAUAUAACACAAGGGAGAUGUUGAUUAAAAAUUUUCCAUUAAAUUUAGAGUCUAUUAACCAAAGCCUACAAUUUUGUAUACUUCAGUUAGAUAGGAGCUUUUACAUCAGUUUACUUUAUCUUUAAGAAUAGUAAUUUGGCUUAUGAAUGUUUAAGAAGAUUUUUAAAAAUAAAUAAUGUUAUGGUAGUUGUUCUAUAAUUCUAAAAUUUGAUAGUAAUGUGAAUAUACUACAUUUCUGAUUAGCUUUUGAUUUCUUGAAAAAUUAGUAAUUUUCUUAAGUUAUAUAUAUUUAAACUUUAUAUUAGUUUAUUUCUCUUAUGUUAAUAGUACUACUGUUUUUGCUUCUGUGUAUGUCUAGCUUUUGUAUGUAAUUUAUCUAGUGUUUAUAAAAUGUGAUUUGUAAUAAACAUUGUUAAAAUGAAAAUGGCUUAACACUUAUUUUUGUAGAGUAUGUCUAUAACAUAUAUUUACUCAUACAUAUACCAACAUGACACAAAUUUUUUUAAAGUCUAAAGUAAAAUACAAUGGUCUUAUCUUUGUCCUAGUUAAUGAGAAGAGCUAUAUGCUGUGUAUGUGCACUCAAAGCAUGCUGGAAAUAUGCAAAGGAAGUAGAAAACCAAUUUUAAUCUUAAGGAAUUUCCAAUAUAAUGCUUUCUUUGUGAAAAGAUACAUUUUAAUAUUAUUGUAUACUUAUUAAGAUUAGGCAUAUUUAAGGAAUAUUUCAGAAUUUCAUAUUUAAGAAAAUAAUGAUUUAUUUGUGAUGUACUUUCAGGUUUAUACAAAUGGAUCUUAUUUUAAACUUACUACCAAAUUUACCAGCACUUUGUACCCAACUUCUCCCUCUCCUAGCCCAUAGUUCAGAAGUACUGAAACUGCAUAUUGGUUAGUUUUUUAAAUAACAUUUAUUAUUUUAGAGCGUUUGGAAAAAAAAACAAAUGCACAGAACAAUAACAAAAAUUACCUCUUAUUUAUUGGAUAAUUCUUGAUGUUCUGAGCUUAAAUUUUGUUUUUCUCAUUUAAAAGGUACAUAUUCAACUCUGUUCUCUAUAGGAAGAGAAGGGAUUAUAAUUAGAAUAUGAUUACUCCUUCAAAACACAUUCUUAGUGGCAAGUUUAAGCAACAGGUUCAGAAAUGGCCAUUUCUCCCUUUUCUAGUGUUUUAGUGCUUUCCUGGUGAGGCUAGUUCUCACCUAUAAGUGAAUAGUGAGGGAGCAAGAGCACGGGUAGCAGAGAGACCAGCAUUCUCACCUUGGAUAUGAUACUCCCUCUGGGGCCUGCCUUUACCAUUUCAGUUUAAUCUGGUCCACCUGUAAUUGGACUAAUGCAAAUUAACCUGCAAAUUGUGAGACAGGUAAUUAACUGAUGUUGGUAAAGUGCCUUGAAAAGGGAAGAUACUUUAUAAAUGUUAAGUAUUACUAUGCUGAGCAAAGUGAGUAUGGUGUUCUUUUAUUCAGCUUUCUAUUUGUAGCCCGUACACUGGGCUACAAAUAGCUAAAUAGGAAAAAACAAAUGUAAAAGGCUGUUGAGACUUGAGUGCUAUUUUCUUAUUGAUUAAUUUGCCAAGCAUAGGUCAGUUUCUAGGCUCAUUAAUAGAACCGUUAAUACUAUUUCACCCUAACUUCUAAACAGGUAUUAAGUAAUUUAAAUUUUUUUUAUCUCAGUUUUAGGACUGUGAGGGAUCUGGACAUUUUCAGUCCUUCAUUUUACAGAUGAGAAAAGUGAAGGUCAGAAAGCUCUAGUUCACUGGCUGAUGGUGUGAGGUUCAACUUAUACCAUCAGUCACUGAACUAGAAUGUAGGCCUCUUGACUUUCCCCCUGCAGUUACCAGGAGAAUAAGACUGCACUGAUCAGCUCCUCUGACAUGAAGCCUUUUCAGGUAGAAGGGCCCAUUCCCUCCUUGGUGCAUACACAGUACUCUACAGAUU